UGUACGACGCGUAUUGGAGGCUGGCGACAGAAACCGUAAGCGAUCCACCGUACAUGUGCUGUAAAGAGAAGGAGAGCUCUACAAGCUUCCUAUUGGCCGUGCUCACUUAAAAAUGAGGUGCGCUCUUGCAGCUCGGGUCUUAGAAUGAGACGAUCACUUUCAGUUUUGCCGCGUUCAAACCAUGGCGCCUAAGCUCUCGUUGGCUUUCGGUUUCCAGGAGCACCACGAGCUUCACAAGAGUUCAUCCAUUCUGGCGGAAUAUCUCGAUGAAGUUGACUGGGACGAGCACGUCAAGCUGCGUCGACGAAGCACAAGCGUGGAGCUCGCUUUGAGCUCGUGCUUCACGUCUCUGUCGUCCUGUCUAAAAGCUGUGUCUACGCACGCCAAGAAGCUCUACGCGCGUGAUCGACGUCGUUCCAUGAUCGAGAUAUCGUCGACGCAGUCAGAGCGUUUGCUGACACGAGCGAACUCGAUGCCUGCGCCCUACCAGUCAAGUGAGUCAGACCUUAACCUCUUUGUUAUCGACAACGAUACCGAAGGCGACCCAGCGGCAGCCUGCAUGUCCAAGGCUGCGAAGACACUCUGACAGAAUGACAUGUUGAAGUUUGCCGGUGUGAUGGUCUUCAUG